AUGGCCUAUAGGAUGAAUUCUCUGAUUGUAAUCGUUGUGAUCCUGCACUUGAUCCAUUCCCGGUUUGAGUUCACAAACGUCGAGUGCACAUCGCUGGAUAAGAAAUUCGGGGAGUUUGAGUACUGCUAUCUUAAGUCGGUAAACCGGACCUUUAAGUAUUGGUCCGGGAAAUUUAAACUUUAUCAAAAGCCGGUUAAAGCUCUCGAAGUAAAUUUCGCGCUGAUGAAAAGAUUAAACGGAUAUAAGCCUUUCCUGUACAACAUUACCGUCAAUGCGUGCAAAUUUUUGGUCAAUCCCAAGUCCAGUCCAGUGACGAAAUUCUUCUAUGAUUCAAUUCUGACCUUCACUAACAUGAACCACUCCUGCCCGUACAAUCACGACUUUAUUUUGGACAAGCUCCCAAUCGACUAUGUCAACCAUCGAUUUACAAAGGUUCUUCCCUUUCCCGAGGGCAAUUAUCUUAUUGAAGCCCGUUGGUCAACCUUGGGAUCUCCUUUCGCUGUGGUAAAAUUAUAUGGCACCCUGUCUUAA